GCGCUUCGCUCAAAGUCCCUUUUCUUUUGAGGAUUCUACAUAAAAUGGGUUCCGGGUCGGUAACAGAAUCAGAUUUAAUAUCAGCGCUCCAAGCUGUUGGAGUAUCGCACAAGUUGGAUGAAAUAAAUAGAUCUGCUGAUGCAAGAUCUAUUUUAAACAAUGCAUCAAUAGAAACUGCAUUAAGUUUGUCAUCGAACUCAUUUCCUGUGUUUGAACGACCCGAUUCUCUUCGUAUUAUACACAAUCUUGUAGAAGGUCUAUUGCGAGUACAGACACGAGAUUCAUCUAUUGCACUUCGCCAUUUGAAUGUUGUACUGUCAUCUCUUUUUAGAUUUCUCAAUGAUUCGAAUUCUGACGUCCGUAUAGCUGCCGAUGAAGGCCUAAACAAACUUAUCAAGUUCCUUCGUUCAAGUAUGACACGUUUAAUUUUGUUCGAACUGCUCAUGGAGCUAAAGCGUAAUCAAAACUCAAGAUCCGUAUCAGUUGCACUGUCGAAAUUUGCUUCAUUGUCUACACAAAUUAGAACAUCUAAACGCAGGUUUUAUGCAACCAAUUUACUACCUGUUCUCUUAUCAAUCUUUGAACAAGAAGAUGAUUUAUUAUUUGAAAACCUAACGGAUUCUUUUCAACAAAUCGCAAAAGAAUUAUUUUGUUAUGCAACUGAAAAAGAAUUACGCAGCUUUUUACGUACACAAUUUACACGGUUGUCAUCGGGCAAGGCAGUAGUACGCCGUUCAGUAGCCCAAUCGCUUGUAAUCACUUGUCAGUCAUCUCGUAUACCACUCACUCUAUUACGUUACCUACUUCACCUAAUAUUAACUGAAAUGGACUCACUCAUUAGUGAUUCCCAGUUAGAACCAACAAAAGUUCAAUGUGAUAAAUCAUCAACACCUUUUAAUUCUAUUGCUUAUUGGACAGGUUUAUUCAACACAGUUCGUUAUUUAUCUAUUGGAUGGGAUCAAUUCUCAAAUAACUUUGUGAAGAAUAUAUCUUUUUUAAAUUUAAAUAUACCCCCAACUUCAUCAGUACAUUUAGAUUCUUACAAUACUUUGCAUUCUAGAUUAGUUGAUCUAGAAAGUCAUGAAAUGCUUAAUCCAGAUGACUCAAUUCCUUUCUCGUCAGGAGAUAAAAUUGAUUCUCCAAAAAAAUUACCCAAAACGGAUUAUACAGAUUUCGAUAAUAGGAUGUGGUCAAAAGCAUUUUUCAUGUGUUUACAUUAUGCUUGCGAUUUGUCCACCUCAAAUUCUUUAAUGGUGCAAACUGCAUCAUUAGAGGCAUUUGUCCAACUGUUAAUAGUUAGACGUCCACUCUUUUUAUUUCCAUUAAGUUGGCAUACACGUAUUGCAUCAUGUUCGUCACCAGUACCAUUAUCUUCCAAUCAACAUUUGAAUUAUAAUACUGCUAAUAAUGAUAUUCUGAAUGAUAAAACAAUUAUUGAGUCAUCAUCUCAACAGUACAAACUGUAUGAAAAUGAGCUCAGUAUCGAUAUUACUAACUCCAAGGAAACUCCUGAUUUUGUUACAAGCAAUCGUUUCCUUAGGACGCUUUCAUCAGAGUCAAUUGAUGAUAAGAGUCCAAGCUCAGAUUUUCAGUCAGUCGAUAGUCGUGAUACAUAUUUCAUUCGAUCAGCAUCCUCUUCCAGUUUAUCUUCUUCUAUAAAGAUAGAUUCGAAUGACACAGCAAUCAAUGGACAAGAGAUUCAAAAUCAGUUAUCUGCUGUUCGUGCUCAUUUGUCUAGAGAUGGAGAGAAAUCAGUGAAUGAUGACAAUGAUGAUGUAUUCAGCUAUUUAGGUUAUAAUAUUGUAGCUGAUUCAUCCAGAAAUAUAGAGUCUGCCCAAACUGAUUAUAGUCAUGACUCAAUUAAUCCAGAAGACCAUACAUACGACCAGCAACCAUCAUCCAUUCAUUAUUCGAAAUUUCGUCCUUUCAACUUAUUAGAUCUCAUUAACCGCCUUAAUAAUCAAGGUGAACCAAUCAAUCUAGUUCAGGCUGAUUGGUUAUUACCUUUUCUUCUCUUAUCGUUUGAUAUGAUGCCGCAAGCACAAGAAACUUCUAAAAUUCAUAAUCAGUGGCCAAGGCCUUCAACUUCACCUCGAAUUAGUUUACAGUUACUUGUUAUCAAUUGUUUAACCCAAUUAGCUCAGCUUAAUCCACUCAUGUUUUUUGUUCAGCUAAAUGGUGAUCAGUGUUGUCCUAAUGAUCAACUGAAUGUAAGACGAAUUCAGUGGCCAACGGCAGUUGAGGUGAUUCUGGAAUUUCUCAGUAACAGCACUGACCCACAAGCUCAAGGCCAACUUUGCAUUCUCAUUGGGAAUUUGAUAGCCUCUUAUUUAGUUUGGCAAAAUCUAACAGAUCAAGAUCCUGGUUAUUUACUACUAAAUGAUCAUAAAUUUGCUGUAUAUACAAGCCUAGAUCAUCUUUUCACCAAACUGGACUCAUAUUUAAAUACGGAUGUAUCUGGGAUAACUUUACGAUGGGCUUUAUCUGGUUUACGCGCAUGUUCUAACGCUUUAUUGUCUUGUGCUGAUCGGAAAUCCUCAUUUUAUCCAAAGGAAUCUAACAUAUUACCGGAUGAACUUUUGGUUUAUCGUUUUCUAAAAACACUGAGUUCAAUUGUUAUUCAUGCAUCACGUCAUCCUUAUCGGUUAGUUCGACGUGAGUUGCUAAACUUAGUCACUGAACUUGACUGGGCAUCUGUUGGAUAUUUAGAAGGAACAUUGAAGACACAUGAAUUAGCAAAGUCAGCCCUGUUUUCUGUAAUGCCUGCUAGAUUGAUAGAUUUGACAUGGACUGAGUGUUGGCGAAUUUUGUGUGAUACUGAUCCAGAUUUACGUGAACAAGCUUCCACAGCAUUAAUUGCAUUAGCUUCCAAUCUGACUAGUGGCAUUGGUGAUAAUUUAGGUGUUUCCACUGGAGGUUUACUACCAAACCGUAUCAAGCGAAGUUUGCACUUUUGGCUGCCACAACCGUAUUCAAUGAUUAAAUCAAAAGUUUCAUGUUAUGGUUUGGUUGGUGCUUCGGGUGUUCACGGUUUACCACCUUGUUUAUCUACUCUACCAAUGGAAAUGGAUGUUGGACCUAUUGGACGACAGUUUUACCAAUCAAAAAUGUCACAGUUAUUGUAUUUAGAGGCAGAACACAAUAAAAUAAGUAAUCAAGUUACCGAUUUUCGUUUAUGUAGUACAGGAACUACACGUCUCUUCCGUAAAUGUUUGACUGCUCUAAUGGAAUUGCCGUGUUCUAGUUUUUUGCCUGAAGAUCGCUACAUGCUGCUUGGUGUUGUUGGUUGCUUGAACCAGCUGAUUGGAUCAUCUCAUUUACUCAGUUUUUCUCAUUUAUGGUUUGAUCCUUCUCCCUCAUCAUCGACUAUUUCUGAAAGCACUUUAUCAAAUGAAAAUUCCGUAAAACCUACCCACCGCAGAUCACGUCUAUCUCUCUUAUCUUGGCAUUGUCUCACUCUGUUGUCUUCAGCCCCAGUAACAUCACUUGACUUAGAACUACAGUCUUCUUUAUUGAAUUUGUGUACUGGUUGUGUAACACGUUGGUCUGUCUAUACACUCUUGGAUAAAUCUUCGACAGAUAAAAAUGGUAAUGAAUUACCUGCUUCAAAUAAACAACAACCAUUUACUCGAUAUGCUUUGGCUUUUAUGCAACAUCUAAUGAGGGUUUGUUGCAUUCUAUGGCAUAUUUUCGAAGGGAUUCGCUUACCUCAACAUCAUCAAUAUGAUUCAGUAACGUCCAAAAUUCCUAUCAGUUCAAUUUACUCUGGUAUAUCCGAAUCAUUUAUGCAUUCCGUAGCUAAUUUAGCUCAGACAAGAACCCAUUUUUCUACGACCAAAUUUGAUCACGAAAUCAUUAAUUCUCCUGCUAGUACUGCCAAUAAUACUCCUAUGAGCAACAGUGGUACUAUUAGUAGUGUGGAUACAUCAUCUAGUAGGAAACGUAAUUAUGGAACAAAAUUAGGUGGUUCCCUGAGAAAACAUUUGCCAGCACCUCGACAUUCUCUAACAUUAACUUCUUCAACUCUUGGAUAUUUUGCAAACUUGCCACAAUAUAUGUCAUUAUAUAAAACCCUUAAAACUGCAUAUAAAUCUUUUAAAAUAUCGGCUGAUUUAACUGGUUCUCAUGAUCGAUUAAUGAGUUUACUACAUACCUGUCUAUAUUCCUUCGGUCGAUUAUUGGAAAAUCUUCAUUUUUAUGAAAUCGCUCCGUAUGCAGACGAAUUAUUAAUUUAUUUAACUUCAUUUUACAAUUGGCAGCCUGGUCCAUGCUUAGAGUUAUCAACUCAGUUACUACGAGCUUUUGUUGGUACAAACCUGUGUAAUCAAUGGGACGAUCAACUAUGUCAAUUAUAUUUAGAUGCAUUAAACUCCAGUGUUUCCGAUGAAGACAUAAAAAGUGAUUCUGAGGAGAAACAUUCUACAAUUAAUUUAAAAAAUUCUGUUGAUUUCCAUAUACGUAAAUUAUUGCAUCAGAAUAAAACAUUUACUAAUUAUCUAUGGAAUCAAAAUAUAUUGAAAGAAAAUAAGGCUUGUUGUUGGAUUACAAGUCCAGAGCUUAUUCAGUCACCAAUUUCUGCAUGGAUCCGUUUUGCUCGUCAACGUCGUACGCCAGUAGGUCUUAAAUAUACAAGUAGUACAGAUAGAGUGUCGGCUACGACGCCAAAUCAAACGAUAACUAUGUCGGCGAUAAAAAUUAAAUCUGAUGCUCAAUUAUUUUUUAAACGUCUUGAACAUAUUGUACUUUGUGGUAUGGAAAAUUAUAAAUGGACAAAUUGUUAUUCACUUCAAACAAAUAUAUUAGAUUUACUAAUUCAUUUAAUAUAUUUACGAAUGAAUUAUUGUCAACUUGAUAUACAGCAGAAAUUUCUAGAUACUACAAUUAAUCAUUGCGAGAAUCUGUCCUCGGAAAUUCAACGUCUUGAGACAAUAUCAAUGAUGAAUGUUAGCUCUUCAAAUCGUCAAUGUAUUAAAGGGAGUCAGCAGUUGAAUUUGAACAAACGAUUGUUAUCAUCAUCCUCAACAUCAACGUUUACUUUUCGUGAUAUCUGCAAUCCUGAUUCAUUUCUGUUUCCCAUGAUGAGUUCGAGAGAACCGACUAUAUUACAACAACAUCAGCGUCUUGUGAACGCUUUAUUCCGUUUUUUGGUCACUUUGACUUAUCAGUACCGUGUUAUAUCAUCAUCUUUAACAUCAAUACCGCUUGCACAAUCUAAGCAUCUUGAUUCUGGUAAUUCUGAAAACUCAGCAACUUCUGUUUCUGUUACCAGUAGUGCAACCAAUGGCAAUGACGAGUCCAUCGAUUCACGUCUUGUUGAACUAAGUCAGGUUGUUCAUUUAGCUGAAGCAUUAGCAGCAGAAACUUGUGAUCCUGGCAGUAUUGUAUUAACUGCGAUGAUUCCAGUGAUCGUUGAUUUAUUUGUAAUUCAACAACCAUUAAAUCAAAGAAUUAAUAAACAAGCAGAAAAUGUUGAUCAAGCCAAAAUGAAUCAAAUUCAGCAAGCGAAUGCUCAACGUGAAACCAUUUUUAGUUUACUUUUACGUCGACUUAGUCAUUUACCAGCUAGUUAUGAUCAAAUAUCAUUGAUACUUGAAGAGGUGAAUAUAUCCACAAAAAUAUGCAAAAGUGAGAAUGUCAUCUGCAUCAUUGAUUGUUUAACACAGAUUUCGAAUCAUAUCCUUUCUCAUCUGGCCACUGGUAUAGCUCAAAUUGAUAACCGUGCUGCCUUCGAUGCACUUCAACGUCUUCUGAAUCAUCUAGUUGUUAUCAUAAAUUCUUUGGACGAAAAUGAUUCAUCUCAAGUUGUUUGGAACAUCAUUUUAAAAGUUGAAGAAGUUCUUUACAAUGAAUUCAAUUCUAAGAUCCUUUUAGACAAUUAUAAUAUUUUGCAUUUUAUUCGUUGGACUGUGACACAAGUUUUCUGUGGUCGUUUCCUCUUCCAUCUAUUUAAUUGUUCCAGAAAAUUACAUCAGCCAAUAGAUUUUGACAUCUCUAAACAAAUAACAAGACUUUUUGAGUAAAUACCGUUGAUUUGUUUGUUGUUUUGUAAACGAUAAUGAAAAUUAUCUUCAAAAAUAUUUUAAUUUUUUUAGGGUAUAAUAGUUCAACGAGUGUUACAAUCGUUUUGGAAUAAGAAAUUUUAUGUUCACUACUUGGAUUUAAUUUUCAUUGCAUGCUAACAAUAAUUUUAAAUGAUAUGCUUAGAUUCAGGAAGCCGGGUAAUGGUGUUUCGUUGUAGAUAGAAUUCAUUAUCAAUCGCUUUCAGCAACAACUUAAAUCAUUCAAGUGACUUUUUGGACAAAUCAUCAAGAAUUAUAAAUUUCUAAAGAACUUAAGUAUGAGUAACUAUUAGAAAAAAAUAUCAUCUGUUCAUCAGUAGAACUAUUUCUUUGACUAACUUAUCAUGACACAGAAUCGCGUUUAUUGAUUGUGAAUGAAACCAUUUGGUUGUUUCUCCAUAUCAAUUACAUCAAACACAUUAAUUAUUUGUUGAUAUUAUUUAACGAAAUAUAGGUCCUUUCUUUAAAGUCAAUAAUCAGUCUCAGACAAAAACUACUGUCUGAUAAGAUGUUCUAAUAAAGGUUACAAAGCGUUGCGUUCGUUUUUUCUAAUUAUUUGAACAUUACGAUUUUUUUUAUGUGUAUUGCAAACAAACUACUCAAACUCUAUUUAUUUAAAAUGAAUACUAAUUACUCGUUUAAAUCGUGAUUCUGUAACAAUAUUUUAAGAUUAACAGCAGAAUUACUAGCACUUUUUUAGGAAUAAUUUCUUCUG